AUGAUGCUAGCUCAUUGGUUCGGCAAGAUUUUGGUUCUAACUACCGUUCAGUCCGUUCUCGUCAUCAGCCUUCCUGCCCCCGACCUAAGGCCAUCGCCGCCAGGCAUACCGUCUUUGUCUACCGUGAAGAAUGAGCUCGCCAGCCUGGUAGUGACGGUCCAAGGGUCUCAAGAUGGUUAUAGUAGAGCAAAAUUUCCACAUUGGAUUACUCAAAGCGGAAGUUGUAAUACCCGAGAUGUUGUCCUCAAACGCGAUGGAUCGGAUGUGGAUCAGGAUGCCAAAUGUGAGACCAUUAGUGGAACUUGGUAUUCACCCUAUGAUGGUGCAACAUGGACCGACUCGAGCGAUCUUGACAUUGACCAUCUCGUCCCGCUUUCCAAUGCUUGGAAGUCUGGCGCGGCCGCUUGGACAACAGCGGACCGAAAGGCAUUUGCCAACGAUCUGACCAAUCCUCAACUUUUGGCAGUCACAGACAACGUGAACUCAGCCAAAGGCGACAGCGGACCGGAGCAGUGGAUGCCACCUCUUGAUUCUUACCAUUGUACUUACGCCGAAAUGUGGGUCAAAGUGAAAUCGGUGUAUAAUCUUACCAUCACCAUAAAUGAAAAGACGGCGUUGGUAGAGAUGUUGGGUAGUUGCUAG